AUGCCAUUGAUGCGCAUACCCUACACAGCGCCUCUACCCAGCCCAACGGUAAUACCACCCACCGCAGCAAACCUCACUGGCGCCAUCGAAGCACUGCACAACUUCCUGUCUGCAACGCGACACAACGACAAUAGCAAUGGCAAGGCCCUCAUCCUCUCUGGCGCAGGCAUAUCGGUAGCCUCCGGCCUCGCAGACUAUAGAGGCACAAAUGGCACCUACACCCUAAACAAGACCUACCGACCCAUCUACUUCCACGAGUUCUCCGCCUCCCACGAAGCGCGAAAACGAUACUGGGCACGCUCGUACCUGGGCUGGACGACCCUUCAUCGCUCGAAACCAAACCUAGCACACUAUGCCGUUGGCCAGCUAGGAGAGCUGGGUCAUGUAGACCAAGUCGUCACCCAGAAUGUCGACUCUUUCCAUCCGAAAGCACACCCCAGUCUCAAAACGCUGGAACUACACGGAUACCUCCGCAGCACAGUCUGCCUCACAUGUCGAAGCGAGUAUAGCCGCGACGCCUUUCAGGAUGACCUCUCGCGGAUGAAUCCCUCCUGGUCUGCGUUCUUGGCAGAAAUGCUGGAAAGCGGCGCACUCUCUACAGAAGACCCAGCGGAAAGAAGGAAACUUGGCUUGAAAACGAACCCGGAUGGAGAUGUCGAUGUCCCUGGCGUGGAAUAUGGAACAUUCAGAUACCCACCCUGUCCCAAAUGUCUCGCCAACACGGAACUCAACGAUCAAAUUCAGACCACCGACGACGGCGCCUGGGCUACUGGCUCCACAGCAGGUAUCUUAAAACCUGCGGUGAUCAUGUUCGGAGAAUCCAUCCCCAACCAGGUCAAACUUGACGUCGAGCACGCAGUGGAUGAGGCGAGUCGGCUUUUGGUCUUGGGGUCCUCGCUGGCGACGUACUCUGCGUGGAGACUUGUUAAGAGGGCGAAGGAGCAGGGGAAGGCUAUUGCGGCUGUCAAUCAAGGAGGGGUCAGAGGGGAGGAGAACUUUUUCAAGGAUGUGCCGAUGGGAACUGAUGGCGCUGAGGGUGUGAGGUGUGCGUUGCCUUUGGAGGAGACGCUGCCGGCCUUGGUUGAGGCUUUGCAGAGCGCGCAGGGUCGGUUGAGGAGUGAGAGGUCUUUCCAGCCGGCGCCGUGGGCACGCAUGUGA